GAGUGACGGGCAAGAGAGAGUGGAGGAUGAGGCCGAUUAUCAUCCUAUGGAGGGUGGUGGAGCAGAGUCCACGGAGGAGCUCCAUGCCCAGAUGGAAACCAGAGGAGGAGCAGCGGCUGGAGCAGUUGCAGAGAGAGUGGGCAGGUAGAGAUGCGUACAUGGCGGAGCAGCAGCGUCUUCGGGACUUGGAGACGGGUACUGAAGUCCCUGAUGCGGGCGGUGUCGAGCAUAGCGUUCCUACAGUCCCGCACCCGUUUGCAGCCGAUGCAGCAACACCCGACACCCCAAUGCCCGAGACGUCGCCCCAGGGAGAUGUCGACUCUGGGUCCACGAUGGGAGGAGACUUAGGUGCGUCUGAGUAUGGAGAUCCGGCCGUGUCCAACGUCAUAGUUGGACUGUGUGCGGCGGGCACGUUGCAGCCUGAUCCUCCAGCCACUCAGGAGGCAGUUCCUACGGACGGCGAUUUAGGCGAGUUGGAUGGAUGCCGCAGACCUGAUGCGGACGGCGAUGAUGGGGCGGGUGAUCCCGACCGUCUUGCACCUGCGCACAGUGCCGGUUCAGGUCGGUCGUCACACGGGCCGAUUGGGGGUGACGCAUGUGGACCUGUACAGGGUGAUGCACAUGUGGACGAGGCCGGAGGCAGUAUUUCGUUGGUGUUGGUGUUGCGUGAUCCUUCACCGGUGGCGCACGAGGAUCCGUCACAUCCUGCGGAGGGUGGAGGUGGUGUUGAUGAGGAGGGGGAGGGCGAUACAGCACAUGACCGUCCUGACCCCGUGAGAGCAGAUAUGGAGGAGAGGCAGAUUACACCAGGCCUACUUGACCCUGACGCGUUGCACCGUGCGCUAGUGGAGGAUCCGAUUAGCAGGGGACCUGCAGGAUCUCUCGGGGUCGGGGUUCGCUCGCCCCCGCUUUACACACCUUUCAACCCUUUGUAUUUUGGCUCUCCUGCGAGCUUGGAGCACGAGCAGCAGCGUUUAGAGUCUAUCAGACCAGCAACUUCGGGUGCACGUACGACUCGCACCCCCCCAGUUACACCUCCUCCACGGACUACGCUCCACGGUACUCCAACAACUAUCACGGGUAGUAUUGCCGAGAGAGGCCACAUGCCGUCGUCGUUGGUGGCUCGCCUCGACACACAGCAGUCGCUUCACCGUCCGUAGAGCACAAUGCGACGAGUUGAUGAUGGUGUGAGGGGUGAUUUUGCGGCGCAGCAGGCACGGUUGAG